UGGGAUUUGGGAAGGGGAAGGCGGCCGGGGAAGCGGCGGAAGGGAAGGCCGGAGGAAGAAACAACAAGGGGAAGGGGGAGGCGAGGCGGGGGAUUUGUUGGGAUUUUCCGAAUUAAUUUCAAUCCAUCAAUUCAUUCAAUUCCAUCCAAUCCAAGCGAAAACCAACCCAAAAUAUAAAUUGAGGGAAGGAGAGAUCGGAUUGAUUCCCCACCCGACCCCAAAUCCCACCAAGCAAACCCUAAUCCGUCGGCCAUGUCGUCCUCCCCGGCGGCGCUGGGCUUCUACUGCCACCAGUGCGACCGCAACGUCUCCAUCGCCCCUCCCGCAUCCCCUGACGCCGACGUCCUCUGCCCCCGCUGCGGCGGCGGAUUCGUCGAGGAGCUUCCUCCCAACCCUAGCCCCCCGCCUCCGCCCCCGUCCGCCGCCUUCUUUGCCUCGCCCUCCUUCGACCUCCGCCACCCCAGCGACCUCUCCGCCUUCUUCGGCCCCACCUCCCCCGAGCCGCUUGCCCCAGGCCUCUUCGACCCCUCCAACUUCCUCCACGACCACUUCGGCGGCCUACUCUCCGGCGGUGCCACCAUCCAGAUCGUCCUCGAGGGUGGGCCCGGCCUCGCCGCGCCCCCGGGCCUCAACCUUGCUGACUACUUUGUCGGCUCCGCCGGCCUCGAGCAGCUCAUCCAGCAACUCGCCGAGAACGACCCCAACCGCUACGGCACCCCUCCCGCCGCCAAGUCCGCCGUCGCCUCGCUCCCCGACGUUGCAGUGUCAGCCGACAUGAUGCAGGCCGACGGCGGCGCCCAGUGCGCCGUCUGCAUGGACGACUUCCACCUCGGCGCCGCCGCCAAGCAGCUCCCCUGCAAGCACGUUUUCCACAAGGACUGCAUCCUCCCGUGGCUGGACCUCCACAGCUCCUGCCCGGUCUGCCGCUUCGAGCUGCCCACCGACGAUCCCGACUACAACCACACCCAUCAGCAGCAGCACGCCGCGUCUCCAGCUCCUGCUCCUGCUCCUGCGGCCUCCUCCUCCCCCAGGGUGGCUGAGCGGAGGUUCAGGAUUUCGCUGCCCUGGCCUCUCAGGGCCGCCUUUGGUGCUGCUCAGGCAGAGAGCAGCAAUCCCAACAACUAUGACACACCUCCAUCUUGGUCUGGCGGCAACGAUAAUGACAAUGAUGCAGGUGGUGGCCCUCAAUCUCAGACUGGUUACGAUGAUCUUGACUGAGGCCUCAAUAGCCAUUCUGGGAAACAAAGAGGGCAAAGGAAGGAAGAGCAGGGGAGAUACGUGAUGCAACAAAAGGUCGUCGGGGGCUGUAGCCUGUUCACCCGAAUGUAGAGAAGGCUUUUGCUUAAUUUCUUAUGGUUGAUACUAGUGGAUGUAAAGGGAGAGGAGAAUGAAUGUUGUUGCUCACUCUUUGUCUGUUAGGGUAGGAGUAUUUUAUUUAUUUCUUAACCGCUGCGCCGUGGACGGAGGAUGAAAAGAGAGGCCCAAAAAAAAGGAUGAUCGACAUUUUAUUCUGUUUGUUUUGCAGUCCUAUUAUAAUGUAGUGAGCAGGACAGGUGGGUGCUGAAAAAGCAAAACAGUAUGCCAUGUGGAA